GUUAGCUUCUUGUUUUGUCUAUCGUGCUGUCUAAAGGACGGAAUAUUUUUAAAGUUUCCUACUCUGUACAAAUGAGCAAAUUAAGAUCACCCAUAAAUUAUAAAAAUAUGGAAUUAGAACUUCUACAGGCUCUUAGUGCGGAUAAGCUAUACAAAUUACAGAAUGAUGCUAAACUCAGAGCAAUAGAACAGAAUGUGCCUACGUAUGAAGAUUUUAGACAACUGGUGAAUGCUGCUCAUCUAAAACCUUUAAAAUGUGACGAUGUAAAAUCUAAAAUAAAGAGAUGUUGGAAUCCCAUUGUUCAUAUUGAUAAUUCGAAUGUGGUAAUGCCAUUUGAAAAACAAGAAAUACAACAACAACAAUCCGAAGAUCGUUUAAAAUUAUGGAGUAAGAGUGAUAAUAUUUCUGCAAAUGAAAUACCCACCACAUAUGUAAAAUUUAUACAAGUUUGGAAAACUAUUAAAGGGCAUAAAGAAAAAUUUCAUUAUCUCAAAAUGUCCAGAUAUACUCUACGGGAGAAAAUUUUUUGCACAGAAAUUUCUCCAUCGUUGUUCGUCGAAAUAAUCGACAUAUGCUUUCGAAAUAUUUCGAUUGCGGAUAAUAUAGAGUUUAUUGUUGACAUUUUGUGUACUUUGAGUAAAUGCAAUAGAUUUCAUUUAACAGUAAGUUUUAUGGGACAAAACGAAAAAGAAAUGUGUACGCAGCUCUUUCGAAAUCUACUUAUCAACGCGGUAUAUCAAGACGAGAUUUUUAAGGAGACGAUUAAAUCAUUAGCAUUGCUUUACGAAGUCGUACUUGAGUAAUAAAUUUUAACGAGAGAGA